AUGAGCUCUCGCAGCGCGGCGCGCGGCGGCAUCCGCAGCAACCCCGACCUUCUGAGCGUCAGCUUCAACCAGGAUUCGACAUGCAUCGCAACGGGGACUCGGAAGGGAUACACGAUCACCAAUUGCGAUCCGUUCGGCAAGGUCUAUGGGCGGAGCGACGGCGCGACUUCGAUCGUCGAAAUGCUGUUCUGCACAUCGCUCGUCGCACUUGUGGGAGCAGGAGACCGACCAGCAUCGAGUACACGCCGGCUACAGAUCGUCAACACCAAGCGACAAUCGACCAUCUGCGAGCUCACCUUCCCUACCACGAUCCUCGCCGUCAAGCUGAACCGAAGACGGCUCGUCGUCGUGCUUGAAGAGCGAAUCUAUGUCUACGACAUCAGCAACAUGAAGCUCCUGCACGAGAUCGAGACGAGCCCGAAUCCCAACGCCAUUUGUGCCCUCGCUCCCUCGUCCGAAAACAGCUACCUGGCCUACCCCUCGCCUCUCCCUUCACCCGCCACACCCUUCUCCGGCGCACCUCCCUCUCCCUCGGCCGGCGCGGCAGCCAACUCGUCCGGCGACGUCCUGCUCUUUGACGCCGUCUCGCUCUCGGUGACCAACAUCAUCCAGGCGCACAAGUCGCCCGUCGCGUUCGUCGCGCUCAACGCGACCGGCACGCUCCUCGCGACCGCCUCAGACAAAGGCACUGUUAUUCGCGUCUUCUCCCUCCCGAACGGCGACAAGGUGCACGAGUUCCGGCGGGGCAGCUACCCGGCCAAGAUCUACAGCAUCUCGUUCAAUGCCGCGUCGACGCUGCUGUGCGUCAGCUCGGAUACCGAGACGGUGCACAUCUUCAAGCUCAUCUCGGGCUCGAAGGGCGGGAAGAGUGGAUCGCAGGGCGCGAGUGGGCGAGGGGCGAGCGGGCCGGAUUGGGAGGAGCACGACAGGUUCGGCAGCGGGAACGGGCGGAAUGGCGGGAUGAUUGGCGGCGGCGAGCAGGGCGGUGCGGGAGCGUACGAUGCGCUUAUCGACAGCAAGCGAAAUGCGAACCAGGGCGUUGGUGGCACCCUCCGGCGCAAGUCGCUUUCGUUCGGCCGCGGCAUCGCAGGCUCGGUCGGCGGGCUCCUCCCUGGCGCCGUCACCGGCAUCUGGGACCCUCAGCGCGACUUUGCGUACCUCAAGAUCCCUACCUCGGGCGUCAAGAGUGUCGUCGCGCUGUCUGGCUCCUCGCCGCAAGUCAUGGUCGUCACGAGCGAAGGCGUCUUCUACUCGUACGCUAUCGACCUCGAGAACGGCGGCGAGUGCAUCCUCCAGAAGAGCUUCUCGCUGCUCGACGGGAUCGGGGACGAGUCGAACGGCUCACCCAUUGGCGACUGA